UGCACUGCACUCCCAUUAUUAUUACAUGUGAUGUGUAUACCAAAAAGAAAAACAAAACCAAAAUUCUAGUUCUCUAAACUUGUGUGUGUGUGUGUAUAAAAUAUACAAAACACCAAGAAAUUAAAGAAAAGAGAGAGAUCUGAUGGCUCAAACCAUGUUGCUCACUGCCAGUGCUUCUUCCCCUGCAUUGGACCUCAAGAGACAAUCCACUUUCCUUCAAACCCUAAAACCAAAGCCAUCAAUCCAACAACAUUUUCUCUUGCCCCUUCCUUCUUCUUCCUCUUCUUCUUCUUCUUUUUCUUCUACAAGAAUUGUUGCUCUCUUCAAGUCAAAGGCCAAAGCCGCACCAGCAAAGAAGGUUGUUCAGCCCAAGCCUAAGGUGGAGGAUGGCAUUUUUGGUACUUCAGGAGGAAUUGGGUUCACCAAGCAAAAUGAGCUCUUUGUUGGUCGUGUGGCUAUGAUUGGUUUUGCGGCAUCUUUGCUGGGGGAAGCAAUAACAGGAAAGGGGAUAUUGUCACAACUGAACCUGGAAACUGGGAUUCCAAUUUAUGAGGCAGAGCCUCUGUUGUUGUUCUUCAUCCUUUUCAAUCUGCUGGGAGCCAUUGGAGCUUUGGGUGAUAGGGGCAAGUUCGUCGAUGACCCUGCACCUCCCACCGGACUCGACCGUGCCGUCAUCCCGCCGGGCAAAAGUUUCCGUUCAGCUCUAGGACUCAGUGAAGGAGGUCCACUGUUCGGAUUCACGAAAUCAAACGAGCUGUUUGUGGGGAGAUUGGCACAACUGGGGAUUGCAUUCUCUAUAAUUGGAGAGAUUAUUACUGGGAAAGGGGCACUUGCGCAGCUCAACAUCGAGACUGGUGUGCCCAUUGGCGAAAUCGAGCCCUUGAUCUUGUUUAACGUUGCUUUCUUCUUCUUUGCAGCAAUCAAUCCAGGCACUGGAAAGUUUGUCACUGAUGAAGAAGAAGACUAAUUCUUCUUCUUUCUCUUUUUUUUUUUUUUUUUUUAAAUUUCAUCUUCUCUGUAUUAUUAGCUCAUACUAAAACGGGUACAAUAUAAUGUGCACUCCACUAAGCUCUUUCAAACUUCUUUUUUCUGUGCAAGUUACUAUAUAUAUUAGCGUA